AUGGCGAAAGCACUUGGCGUUAUCAACAAAGUUCGAUUUUACGUUCCAAGAAGAACGUUAAAUAUGCUCUAUAACGCCAUGUGCGUACCGUACAUCUCUUACUGCAACGUAGUCUGGGCUGGUACCUAUCGCACAAUCACCGAUCCCAUCCGAUUAAUAACGAAGAGGGCACUACGGCUAGUGAAUGCCUACUUCACGGCUAAUUUAGUCUACAAACAGCUGACAAACAAGUUACCAUCAAUAUUCAAUCAUUACUACACUUGUAGCAACAACAAGAGACAAAAUUACAUUAGAUCAAAUUCAUCAAAAACAAACAUUCUCUUCCUCCACGUAUAUUGCAAAGGACCAAGAAUUUGGAAUUUGCCAUUAAAGAACAACUUUAAAAUUGACUCAAUGGUGGCUGUGCAAGAUGAGCUCAUCACGAGCUCGAUCAUAGUCAUCCUGCCUUCUUGA